AUGGAGUCUAAAGGUUUCAAGCUAAGCAGAACCAAGACAAAAUAUUUGGAGUGUAAGUUUAGUGGUGCUACUCAAGGAGUGGAAAGUGAGGUGGGGCUGGAUUCACAAGUCAUCCCUAGGAGGGGAAGUUUUAAGUACCUUGGGUCUAUUAUACAGGGGGGCGAGGAGAUUGAUGAAGAUGUCACACAUUGUAUUGGGGCGGGAUGGAUAAAAUGGAGACUUGAUUCUGGUGUUUUGUGUGACAAGAAGGUACCACCAAAACUUAAAGGUAUGUUUGAUAGAGCGGUGGUCAGACCAGCUAUGUUGUAUGGAACUGAGUGUUGGCCAGUCAAGAGCUCCAACGUCCAGAAGAUGAAGGUAGCAGAGAUGAAGAUGUUGAGAUGA